UUGCCUCCCGAUAAAGGACCUCAUUCAAUUAAGAAGAGUUUCAAAGCAGUGGCAUCGUCUCAUCAGCAAUCCAAGCUUCUUUAUCCAGCGCAAUCCCAUUCCCAAUCCGCCGCAGGCCUCUUUCUGCAGUGUCUGCCCUACGUGGCCCGUCUUCGGAUAGAAUACGUCCCUUUCACGGGCCUCGAAUCAAUCAAGCUGCAGUUGAGGAAACUCAAGUUCAUCAAGGACCCAUCCGGCAUCAGGAUCCGUCACUCUUGCAACGGCCUCUUACUCUGUUCAAGCUUCAGGGCUCGUGAUAGCAAUCGGAAGUACUAUGUUCACAAUCCCACCACCAAUAAGUUUGUCCUACUUCCCAAACUGGACUCGGCUAGUAUAUGUGGGAUGAGCUUGGCUUUUGAUCAAAUCAAGUCUCCUCAUUAUAAAGUUAUUUGCGUCAGAUCUGUGAGUAUCACGGGCUAUAAGCAUUGCCAAUUGGAGGUUUAUUCAUCGGAAACGGGUUCUUGGAGAAAUCACGGGCAGACCCCACAAGUCCGGGUGAGCUUAAAAAAUGGGGUGUGUUGGAAUGAAGCCAUUCACUGGACUAGCAAUGGAACUGGAAAUGAUUCUCUAUAUUUCAAUGUUGAUAAUCAGUUGUUUGGGAAAAUGCCAAUUCCUCCUACUGGCUGGGAUCAUGUAAACAACAAUAAUUAUUUCGGAGAGUCUUUUGGACACUUGCACUAUGUCAAGGGGAUUGGGCGGAUCUUCCAAUUUAACGUGUACGAGAUGAGGACGGACUAUUCUGAGUGGUUUGUGAGGUCAAUCUUUCGCCUCUUGUAA